AUGGUCCCGCGUGUCGAGCAUCGUUUUCCUUUCCGCCACCGUCGCUCACGCUUCCCCUUACCGCUGCUCACGCUCCCUCCUGCCUUCCCCCACGCUUCCCCACACCGUCGCUCGCGCCCUCCCCCACCUUCCCCCACCUUCCCUCACGCUUCCCCGCACAUCGCCCACGCUUCCUCCCACCGUCGCCCACGCUUCCUCCCACCGUCGCACACGCUUCCUCCCACCGUCGCCCACGCUUCCUCCCACCGUCGCCCACGCUUCCUCCCACCGUCGCCCACGCUUCCCCCCACCGUCGCCCACGCUGCCUCCCACCGUCGCCCACGCUUCCUCCCACCGUCGCCCACGCUUUCCCCCACCGUCGCCCACGCUUCCUCUCACCGUCGCCCACGCUUUCCCCCACCGUCGCCCACGCUUCCUCCCACCGUCGCCCACGCUUCCUCCCACCGUCGCCCACGCUUCCCCCCACCGUCGCCCACGCUUCCCCGCACCGUCACCCACGCUUCCCCCCACCGUCGCCCAUGGCAGGUGGUGGUGCGGCUGUGGAGCAGAGUGUUGGGCGCACACCCAGGGCAGCGCGUGCAGGCGGGCAGCAAGGAGUGCAGUGCUGCAGGGGGCGGGUUAGGGGAUGCGGAGCGGGGGAGGCGGGGGUUAGGGAGAGAGGGUGCAGGGAUCCUCCUAUCCCCCUUAUACCCUGCCACACUCUUACCUCCUGCCCUUCUCCCUUACUCCGUUCCGUGGGGCCCCCACAGUCGUCCUCCUCUCCCUCUUUCUUCCUCCCUUCCUCCAUCUAUCCCACACUCUCUGCCUCACUACCCUCUUUCCCCUUUCUGUUGCCCGUUCUCCCUCCCUUCCUCCCGCCCGCCCAUCAUCUCCCUAAACCCAUCAUCUCAUCCGCCCAUCAUCUCAUCCGCCCAUCAUCUCAUCCGCCCAUCAUCUCAUCCGCCCAUCAUCUCAUCCGCCCAUCAUCUCAUCCGCCCAUCAUCUCAUCCGCCCAUCAUCUCAUCCGCCCAUCAUCUCAUCCGCCCAUCAUCUCAUCCGCCCAUCAUCUCAUCCGCCCAUCAUCUCAUCCGCCCAUCAUCUCAUCCGCCCAUCAUCUCAUCCGCCCAUCAUCUCAUCCGCCCAUCAUCUCAUCCGCCCAUCAUCUCAUCCGCCCAUCAUCUCAUCCGCCCAUCAUCUCAUCCGCCCAUCAUCUCAUCCGCCCAUCAUCUCAUCCGCCCAUCAUCUCAUCCGCCCAUCAUCUCAUCCGCCCAUCAUCUCAUCCGCCCAUCAUCUCAUCCGCCCAUCAUCUCAUCCGCCCAUCAUCUCAUCCGCCCAUCAUCUCAUCCGCCCAUCAUCUCAUCCGCCCAUCCUCUCAUCCGCCCAUCCUCUCAUCCGCCCAUCAUCUCAUCCUCCUUUCCUCUCAUCCUCCUUUCCUCUCAUCCCCCUAUCCUCUCAUCCCCCUUUCUCUCAUUCGGCCUUCAUCCUCCCACCGUCGCCCACGCUUCCCCCCACCGUCGCCCAAGCUUCCCCAUAAUGUCGCGUACGCUCCCACCGUCGCUCACGCUUUCCCCCACCUUCCCCCACGUUUCUCAUCGCCCACGCUUGCUCCCUCCGUCGCCCUCGCUGCCCCCCACUCUCCCUACACCCCCUCCCACCGUCACCCACGCUCCCCCCCACCCUUGUACCCUUCUUUCCUUCUCUCUGAUUCUCCCUUCCCCCCGUUCCACCCUUAUACCCUGCCACACUUUUACCCCCCUCACUUUCUCCCAUCCGCCCUUCCUUCAAGCCUCCCUCCUCCCUACCACGCUCCCACCCACUCUUUCUUUCAUCCUCCUGCCUCUCCACCCUACCGCCCUUUUUUUCAAGCUGCCACCUUCCGAUCUUCCUAUCCUCCGCCUUUCUGUCUGA